UAUAAAAAAAAACAAACCCGUUCCUCCAUCUUCUCCUUCCAUUUUGUCUUUGUUCACUUCCUUUCAUUUCACACCCAAUAAAUUAAUUACUCUUUUGUUUUCUUCCUUUUCUUUAAUAUUCAAGCUUACAAUGCGUGCCGAUCCCAACUCGUAGUAGUAUAUUAAUUCAACCCGCAAUUCCAUUCGCCUAAAAAACCGUUUCGUUUCUUCUAACCUCUUUUUAAAUGCCGUUUAAACCUCACGAGAUCUCCGUUUGAGAGAGACAUGAGUCAGCUCGGUUUGUUAUUGCAGGAGACUCGGGGUGAGUCAAGAACGAUUCUCGGUUUGUUAAGGGAACAAAUGGACGGUGUUGAUGGAGUUCCUCGUAGGAGGCGUUCCUUCAAGGAACGGUUUGGAUUCAUCGGGAUAGGUUGUUGCGGAGCCACACGGGGAUUCCGUUCUUCUUCUUCUUCUUCUUCACCUCAAUUACCUCAGCAACAAAUUUCGGAUACGGAUCCGGUUCAGGAUCCUAGCGUCUGUUUAGGCCCGAAUCCAACUGCUUCGGGUUCGAGUUCGGGUAACAUGAAUCUUGCGGCGGCGUUAGCGGCGGAGCGACACCUCCGAAGACCGGCGGUGGAGAAUAUCGUCGGAGGGGGUAGGACUCCGGGGACACCGUGGAGAGUGUCGUUGAUGAGGCUCCUAGAGGAGACGGAAAAUGGUGACACGGUGGCGGCUAAGGCUGUGACAGAGGUAAAAGAAAGUGGUGUGGCGGGAAAUGAUUCGGUGUGCUGCGUGUGCAUGGGAAGGAAUAAAGGCGCGGCGUUUAUUCCAUGUGGACAUACUUUUUGCAGAGUCUGCUCUAGGGAGCUGUGGCUGAACAGAGGCUCCUGUCCACUUUGUAACCGUUCGAUUCUUGAGAUUCUUGAUAUUUUCUAGAAUGUUCUUCAAUGAGGUGAUGAAGAUCUUUGUCUUUUUUCAACAAUCUCAUUCUUUUUCACGUGUAAUAUGAAUUUCCUUUCAUGUUCAAAGUUCAAAUGUUCUACAAGAAUCUUUUUUUUUAUCUAUUGUAUAUACUAUGAUGAUUGAUGAUGAAAAUCCAUUAGACAAAAAAAUUGGCUCCACUAUUAAGUUGUGAUAUAUUUUACUUUGUUAUUUGAAUAAUUAGUGUUUAAUCAUACACUAAUUUUAUAAUGGAGUGCAGCUAAUGAUGCUUUUAUC